GAGCUUCAUGUUACCUGCCACUUAAGCAACUAUUAAUACCUGCAAAGACUCGCCUGAAAUUAUAUUUCGUGCCAUUUCUUACAAUAUUAUAUCCUCUUCAGCAGAGAUUCUAUCGCACCAACCACGCGCACUUCUGUGUAGUUGCCGAAGAGUGUAUAUCCACCGACCUCCGGUUAUGCCACUUCGCUCAAGCUCCUGGUUUUGACAUACGACCAGCACAUUUCAUGGGAGUUUGUUCAUAGCGCUACAGCGAAACACUGCAUCAUGCCUAUGAAUGUGUUUCGGAUCCUCGGCGAUUUGGCGCAUAUUUCGUCGAAAUGUAUCUUGAUCUGGGCUAUUCAUCGGAAUCGUAGCUCCGAGGGAGUAUCUCUCCUUACGCAGAUUCUAUACGCUCUCGUCUUCCUGACGAGAUAUCUCGAUAUCUUUCAUCAGUGGUCAAUGGAAUAUGCAUACAACAUAUUCUUUAAGCUAUUCUAUAUCCUCUCGUCCAUAUAUAUUAUCGUAUUGAUGACAUACUUCUUUCCCCGGACACGCGAACGGGAAAGAUCAUGGAAGCUAGCCGCGUGGUGCGUUUUAGGUGCACUGAUUGGCGCACCUAUCUCGCUCUUAAUUUGGGCGGCUGCAAGUCAUAGGUCUUAUCCGUCUUUCUGGUUCACAGAGACACUUUGGGCUUUUUCGAUCAUUCUCGAAUCCGUGUGCGUCUUGCCGCAACUUCUCUUACUACGCCAAACAACCGUUCCGACGGUGAUUGAUUCAUACUAUUUGAUCACUCUCGGCUCAUACAGAGCUUUGUAUAUCCUGAACUGGCUAGUCCGUGGCUUUGGACCCGAGCAUUAUUGGGAUCCGAUCGCCGAUUUCUUCGGCGUUGUGCAGACCUUACUUUACCUCGACUUUGCCUGGGUAUACUACACACGUCAACGAGUGAAACUCCGACGCGGCGGCAUUGUCGAUUCAGAUGAUCUUCGAAAGAGUUGGUUCGUUGGGAAGAUCUUGAACUCGCAGAGGAUCCACAACCAGGACGAGGAACAGGAGCCGCUGGACCCUGAGGCUGAGGGCGAUGAACAUACUCGUUCUCGCUGGGGUGCGAGAGGGAUUUCUGUGUCUGCGGAUGAUACUCUUGAGAAUCAUGACCGCCAUUCUCCGGAAUAAGUAGUAAGUUGGCCGGGUUAUAGAAAUACAUCGGCCCUGCAAGUUAUUCCCGACAUGCCAGCAACAUGUGCUACAAUUGUGUUAUUACCCGACGUGCUUCAAAGCCCGGCACUUAUAGAUUCGUAUUGGUAUGCCAUUUCAUCAUUCAUCAAAUAUUUUCAAAUAAUAUUCCUCGCACGCAAACUUGCUAGACACAA